GAACUGGCCAGCAGCAGUGGCCCCGCUGUCCUUCUUUCAUUUCUUCAUCUCUUUAUUUGGCCUCGAAUUAGCGGGUGUAAUCCCCGGCCUGUGACGGAUGCUUCAACUGCUGGCCUCUGGGUCUGACCCUCAGUGCACAUUUGUGGUGCUAGCGGUGUUGGCGCUCUUCGUUUGGGAUGUAAUCGAGGUUUGAGAAGUGAGUUCUGGAACCUGAAUUAGUGUUCUGGAACUCUCCAGAACUCCACUUUCCAGAACCAUGAGUGACACCCAAGACUCGGACUGUCACCUCAAAGGCGACGAGAAGAAAUCUUCAAGUCGGCCGGACUCGUCCACCUCCGGGCACAACACCUACACCAUCCCCAGUCCAACAGAUGUACAGAAUACAACCGGGAGACCAGAGCCACUGGUGCUCAAACUCGAUGAGAGGCAGAGACUGGCUCGAGAGAGGAGGGAGGAGAGGGAGAAACAGAUUGCUGCACGGGAGGCUCAGUGGCAGGAGCGAGAGGAGCGUGCACGGCAGUACUAUGAGAAGCAGCUGGAGGAGCGAAGGAGGCGUCUGGAGGAGCAGCGGCUGAAGGAGGACAAAAGGCGUGCCGCUGUAGAGGAGAAGCGACGGCAGAAACUCCAGGAGGAGAAGGCACGCUAUGAGGCUGUAAUGAGGAGAACUCUGGAAAGGAGUCAGAGAACCAAACAGAAACCCAACCGCUGGAGCUGGGGAGGAGCUCUCACCACCAGCACAUCGCACAACAGUGAUGCUGACAGAAGGUCAGUCUCCACCAUGAAUCUGUCCAAACACACAGACCCAGUCAUAACCAAACGCUUAUCCUCCUCUUCUGCCACGCUGUUAAACUCACCAGACAGAGCCUUACAGAAGCGGACGUCCCUUUCUUCCUCUUGCUUAGUAAAUAAAGUUCAGUCUAAAGCUCGAGGUUCCAGAGAGAAGAUCCAGCAGGACAAACCCGCAGGUAUGCGUCGUAUGCCUCUAACUCCAUGGGAAAAUACUGUAGUCAAUCGCUUACAGACCCCAACUCACUCUUACCUGGCCAGAAGCCGUAGUGCUAUGUCACUGUCUGGAGAUGCAGUGACCCCCGUUUGUCCUCGCUCAGCCUCCUGUCACCCAAUGAGCUCGCUGUCCUUCAAGUCCCUGCAGUCACGCAGUGCUGAGAGGCCAAUCAGAGCAGGUCUCAGCCUUGAACGACCCAUCAGAGCUGGAUACGUUGGCCCCGAUACCAUCCCCCGCAGAAAGACGACUCAUAACAUACCGGUUGAUAGGAAGGAUAAGGACUACGUGAGAAAGUCUUGGAGUAAUCUGUCAUAUCCUACUCCAACACUGACCCCGACACCCUUCAAGAGAGCACCCUCACCCGGCAGCCAGCGCGGCAGAGCCAGUCAGCCUUUGUCUGUCAGGAGUUCCGCUAAACCACCUCAGAAGCCUCCCGUGUCCAAAAAAUCCAGAUCUCCACCUCCACCAGCUUCCCUCCCUCUGUCACCCAGCAACCCCUCUCUGUCUCCCGGUAACCUGCGGCCCAACAGGGUGGCAUCAGAGAGCCCCAGAGUGACCCCGGAGGGCGAGAAGGCCAAGAAGGAGGACGAAGGGGAAAAAAUAGAGGCAGAGGAGGGCAAGAAGGAAGCAGAGGAGGCAAAAGGACAAGAGGAGGUGGAGCCAAGAUCAAGCACUGCCAAGACAGCAGCAGAGGCCACAACACCAAAAGCAGAGCCUGCCAGUGAGAGUGUUGUUAGUCCUCCAGCUAUUAGAACAUCUGCGGGCACUACUGACCCAGAGGAAGCCUCUCGCCUGCUGGCUGAGAAACGACGGCAGGCCCGAGAGCAGAGGGAAAGGGAGGAAGAGGAGAGGAGACAGCAGGAGGAGGCUGAGAGGCGCCACAGAGAGGAGAUGGCACGGAAGAAAGCGGAAGAGAAAGCCAGAAGAGAGGAGGAGGCUCAGCGUCUGGCCGAGGAGAAGAAACGUAAAGAGGAGGAGGAGAGACGCUUAGCAGAGGAGAGACUGCAGAAAGAGAGGGAGGAGGCAGAGCGCCUGCAGAAACAGAAGGAGGAAGAGGAGGCCCGCCAGCGUGAAGAGGCUGAGCGUUUACGUCAGGAGAGAGAGAAACACUUCCAAAAAGAGGAGGCUGAGAGACUGGAAAGGAAGAAGCGCCUUGAAGAGAUCAUGAAACGCACACGCCGAUCUGAUCAGAAAAGCACAACCCAGAGGAAUGGAGACAUGAGCCAACAGCGUGGUCAGGACUCUGCCCCUGGAAGCCCUUCGGUCACCGUAACCUCUCCACAAGCCCCUGAGGCCUCACAGCACAGUGACAAAAACGGACACGCCAACCCCAGCCUCAGCUCUCACACACUGCCCCCUGCUGGACACAAUGUGAGCACAGAAGCCCAGCUCCGUGAAAAUGGCAUCGUCAUGGAGACACAAGCCUUUGAGGAAGUGAUUGAGGUACCCAUGAUGACAAAACUGUCCCGUCAGGAGGGAGAUGGAGAGGAAGAGGACGAGAGGAGGAAGACCCCACUGCUGGCCUUCAGAGAGAACGGCAGCAGUCAUAACCUGACUGCCCUGGAUGACAGCCAGAGCCAGGUCCAAGCAGGUGAUGUCUGAAAACCUGAGUGAGAAGAAUGGGGAAGUAGAUAAAGAGAAAACCUCCAGAUUCUAAUGUUGGAAACCUUCUUUCCUCCUUCUCCUUUCAAUGUCCUCAAGUUGGCACACCUGAAAAGCUGAGGAGAAAGCAACUGUUAAACGUCCCUUCUCCUCACAAUGUGGACAGCUCUCCUAAAGAUUGCUCUUGUGCUUCCUUCAAUCUGGCUUCUGCCUUGACCCCUUCCAGACUAAAGUGGUAUGUCCCAGGAACAUAAGGAGCAGUAGCGGCUCAAAUCAUUUAUCUACUGUUAGUGGGGGAGCUGGGGUACGUCUAAAACCUGUGGAUUUAAAUCAGCUGUAAAGUCUGAUCUAAUACUUGAAGAAUUUCUUUUUUUUUUUUGUUGCUGUUGAGGUAGCCUUCGGUAAAGUGCUAACCAUAGUGACGCUGUUGGAUGGUGAAUGACCUUUGUAAUAUUUAGGUAAAUCUAAUGCAAAACUGACAGGUUUUGCUUUCGGUAAACCAGGAAUGGUGUGUGACUUACUGAUCUCACUGCUUAGUUUUGGAAUUCCUUUAAAGAAUGAAGAGAAAGUACUUUCAUCUCAUUUUUGAAGCUUUAAAAUACAUUCGCCUCGUUUCAUCUGAUUUGAGAGAGCCCUCGUAAUGACGUGACUGAUGGUUCAAGAAUCCAAAGACCCCAUCCAUCAAGCGCUGUCUAAAACUGUUGUUUGUUUUCAGACCCUAAUUGGCCAAUCAGGAGCCACCCCAUGACCAUCAGUAAGCAUUUUUUGCAUUUUAGUGGAAAUAUUGCUGUCAUUCGAAAGGUUUUGCACUACUCUGAGCUGAUCACUAGUGGCAGUGCUUUCAUCCUACACCAUAGAUAUCAGAAGGGAGAAUUUCUCUGAUAUGUAGUGAAGCAGGCUUUAAAAAAAUAUCUCACUCUGUGUGAUCAAGAUAUAGUAAAAUGAGGAAAAAUGACAUUUGCAAUGCUGCUACAUACAACUUUCCUUUGCCUUAUCAGAUCAUGAGAAGUGUGAGGUGUUUGAGCAGCUUAUCACUUCGUUGGUGGGCCUCAUUUGGUUUAAGGGCUGAUUACCCCCCCACACCCUUUAAUUUUACACAUGCAGGACCACAACCAGCUCAGAUCUCUCUUAGAUUCAUCUCAAAUUGCCCAGUGAGUCUGGACUGAUGGAAAGACCUCAGCAGUUUCUGAACACUGUAAUGCUUUAGUCUUAUAACACUAUCAACAGUUAACAAAGGUGGCCAUCCUGCAAACAGUGUCAAUAAAACAGGUUAAGAUACUGUAUAUUUUGUUGAAUGGAUGUACAGAGAAAAAAUGUAAAUUUAGAUAUGUACACAGUAAAGACACAGAUAUAACUGUAAAAGUUUCAAAGUUCUAUAUUUUAUUAAAACUGACACAGCUUUAAAAAGUGAAACACCUGAAGUAUAUCAUGAAUGGAGCUUUACUAAAACUGGAAGCUGGGGUCUUCUACACCAGCUUUAUCAGAGUCUAUUAAUAAUAUUAUACAGAGGAUAAAUAAACCUGCAGUAGCACUUGUGCUCUGAAACACUGGAUACAUAAGCGCUCUGGCUUAGUUUUAGUUCAGUGGAAUAUGCUCGGUUCUUCUUCACCCAGCCUUCUUUUCAUGUCUUUAGAAUCCUCAUUACAGACACACAGAACGACCAAAACAGAAAUACUUUCUCUCCCCAAGCAGUCAGAUCUGUAUAGCAUGUAAAAAUAUAAAAAAGCAAUAAAAUUUUGUUUGGAAAUCAUAA